CUUCGGGGCUCGCCCGAGCCGGGAGAGCGCAGCAGCAGCAGCGCGCGCGGCGGUCGCCGCGGGAGCCCGUCGCCGGCAGCCCGAGCGGGCGGAAGACAACGGAGGCGCCGCGGGGACCGAGCGAGCAGCCCGAAGCGGCGGCAGCGGCGGCGGCGGCGGCGGCGGCCGGGGACGGCCACGGCGACGACGCGGAGGCCGAGAAGGAGCCGCCCGGCCCAGCCCGGUAAAGCCGGCCGAGCACAGAGCAGCGUCAGCCGCCGCCGCCAUGCCGUUCCCCUUUGGGAAGUCUCACAAGUCGCCCGCAGACAUUGUGAAGAACCUCAAGGAGAGCAUGGCUGUGCUGGAGAAGCAAGACAUCUCCGACAAAAAGGCAGAAAAGGCUACAGAAGAAGUCUCCAAAAAUUUGGUUGCCAUGAAAGAAAUUCUCUACGGCACGAAUGAGAAGGAGCCGCAGACGGAAGCGGUGGCGCAGCUGGCGCAGGAGCUCUACAACAGCGGCCUCCUCGGCACGCUCGUGGCCGACUUGCAGCUCAUUGACUUUGAGGGCAAAAAAGACGUGGCUCAAAUUUUCAACAAUAUUCUCAGAAGACAAAUUGGUACAAGAACUCCUACUGUUGAAUACAUCUGCACCCAACAGAAUAUUUUGUUCAUGUUAUUGAAAGGGUAUGAAUCUCCAGAAAUAGCUCUAAAUUGUGGAAUAAUGUUAAGAGAAUGCAUCAGACAUGAACCACUUGCAAAAAUCAUUUUGUGGUCAGAACAGUUCUAUGAUUUCUUCAGAUAUGUUGAAAUGUCAACUUUUGACAUAGCAUCAGAUGCAUUUGCAACAUUCAAGGAUUUACUUACAAGACAUAAAUUGCUCAGUGCAGAAUUUUUGGAACAGCAUUAUGAUAGAUUCUUCAGUGAAUAUGAGAAGUUACUUCAUUCUGAAAAUUACGUGACAAAAAGACAGUCGCUGAAGCUUCUCGGGGAGCUGCUGCUCGACAGACACAACUUCACGAUCAUGACCAAGUACAUCAGCAAGCCCGAGAACCUCAAGCUCAUGAUGAACCUGCUCCGGGACAAGAGUCGGAACAUCCAGUUUGAGGCCUUCCACGUCUUCAAGGUGUUCGUGGCCAACCCCAACAAGACGCAGCCCAUCCUGGACAUCCUCCUCAAGAACCAGACCAAGCUCAUCGAGUUCCUCAGCAAGUUCCAGAACGACAGGACCGAGGACGAACAGUUUAACGAUGAGAAGACCUAUUUAGUGAAACAGAUCAGGGAUUUGAAGAGACCCGCUCAGCAAGAAGCCUGAUUUCCAAUAAACCUCUAAAAUAUUCCAUCCCCGUCCAGCAUUUGCUGUUAGCUAUCCAGCAUCAGGCCUCUCACCGACCCAUGAGGAGCAUU